GAAUAUUAAGUUGGCAACUCCGUAUAUCAACAAGAGUUAGUGGCAAUUUUCUGAAAUUGUACUUCGCCCUGAGCGAAAAACAACAGCUUCGUUAUCUCUAUGAGAAUGUCACGUUGAGCUAAAGAGAUUAUGUAAACGUCUGAGCUUCUUGUAGUAGAGUAGCAUAUCGUCAAAAUGUGUUCUGCAAUUCUGAAUAAAGUGAUUCGUAGUUUUAUUCGUAAACAGUUUUUUCAAGCUGAACAAGUAAGAUUCCUCUCAUCUGAACGAAGCCAAACUAAAGGUAAUUUUUCCUGGGAAGAUCCACUGAACCUUGAGUCACAGCUUACAAAAGAUGAAAUCAGCAUACGAGACACUGUCCGAGCUUACUGCAGUGAGAAGCUGGCACCUCGUAUUACUCUUGCUCAUAGAAAUGAAGUAUUUGACAGAGAGAUUAUGAAAGAAUUUGGUGAACUAGGAAUUCUGGGUGCUACCAUUCAGGGGUAUGGAUGUGCUGGUAUUUCCAAUGUAGCUAGUGGACUGAUGUGCCGUGAGGUGGAACGGAUUGAUAGUGGUUAUCGAUCUGCCAUGAGUGUGCAGUCUUCCCUAGUUAUGGGUCCAAUUCAUGAUUUUGGUACACAACAACAAAAGGACAAGUUUCUUCCAAAGUUGGCAAAAGGUGAGCUUAUUGGUUGCUUUGGCCUGACUGAACCAGACCAUGGAAGUGAUAUAGCUGGAUUACAAACGAGAGCAAAGUACUCAGUGGCUACUAAAUCAUAUUUCCUUACUGGAAGCAAGACAUGGAUAAGCAAUGCCCCAGUUGCAGAUAUUUUAAUUAUUUGGGCAAAAUGUGAAGACGGCAAGUUACGAGGAUUCAUUGUGGAAAGGAAUGGAGCCAAAGGAUUGGCAACACCCAAAAUAGAAGGCAAAUUCUCACUUCGGGCAUCUGCUACAGGAAUGAUUUUCUUAGAUGAAGUUGAAGUUCCAGAGGAAAACGUUCUUCCUGGUGUGGCCAGUUUCAAAGGACCUUUUACCUGUCUUAGUAAUGCUCGUUAUGGUAUUGGUUGGGGAGCCCUGGGUGCAGCAGAGUUUUGCUUAGCAGAAGCACGUCGAUAUACACUAGAGCGUCACCAGUUUGGACGGCCUUUAGCAGCCACCCAGCUCAUUCAGAAGAAAUUAGCAGAUAUGCUUACAGAAAUAUCAAUAGGUCUUCAAGCAUGUCUUCAUGUGGGUCGCCUGAAGGAUAAGAAUUUGUGUACUCCAGAAAUGAUAUCAAUACUGAAACGUAAUUCCUGUGGAAAAGCUUUGGACAUUGCACGCACUGCCCGUGACAUGUUGGGUGGGAAUGGCAUUUCUGAUGAAUAUCAUAUUAUUAGACAUGUUCUGAAUCUGGAAUCAGUCAAUACAUAUGAAGGUACUCACGAUAUCCAUGCUCUCAUUCUUGGGAGAGCUAUAACUGGAAUACAAGCAUUUAGCUAAAAACUGGACUAAAUAUUGUGUUGCUACUGAAUAUUUAUGCAUUGCUGUAUUUUCUGAGGUUGUACCAAAAGUGCCAAUUUGUGUCAUGAAUGGUGAAAGUUUGUGAUCGUCCUCCAACAUGGAAAAAACUCCAGUGAGAAUCCGUACUGUCUCAAAAUCAGUGUACAGGUAUGCAAUACACAUGGAGCAUAGUAUCAGAAGAUGCAACACAGAGAUUUGUGCGCAUGUUUUGGAAUAAUGAGUGUCCUGUAGCUUUAAGUAAUGAACAUCUAGUCUGUAACUAUGAAUCUAAUACUGAAGACUGCAGAUUAUGAUAUUUUCUGUACACCAAAGUUGCUGCGGUAUUGUAUGAACUAAAAAUGCUUUCAUGAUGCAUUUGUUAAUAAAUAAUUUUUAUUUUUACUCAAUAAAGUGCAAUACCAAAAACAUCA